AUGGGCCUGUCAGGCAAUCGAGAGCCUUAUAUGGGCCCGCAGGGCAAGAUGGCCAUACCUAGGCUGGUAGAGCCAGGUGCCUCUGGCUAUGGGGUGUCUGGGAAAUCCCAACGCCGGCAUAUGGUCAACCUAGAGUCAAAAAUCAGUGACUAUGAGAGAGCGCUCCGAACAGUGGGCAGUUGGCACGGACUCGCUGUUGAAGAGGUCGUGAGACGUUCUCAGACUGAGGAACCGUCCCCUACGCCGCCUUCUUCUAGCAAACAUACUGCUAUAACUCGUACGGCGGAUUAUACCGAAGAGGAUUUCGGUAAAGAUGAGUUCACACGGUCGUCGGGAUAUAUUGGUCAGAGUUCGGAAAUAUACUGGAUGCAUAUGCUUGACAAAGAGAUUACCCGGCUAUCCAAGGACAGCCAAUCUAACCCUAAUUCUUUGUCAUCCCCAAACGCACGCCACAUACACCAACCGAUUGCUUGGUUUAACUACCAUUUUGACGAUGUAGAAAUCAGUCCUAUGGAAGAUCUUGACAUGUUUGCCCUGCCGUCCCAUGAAGUUGCCGUCAGUCUUUUCAACACGUACUUUUCUGCGGUACAUCCUUCUUUUCCUAUCCUUGGAGUCUCAACAUUUACAGAUCAGUUUCAUUCCUUUAUGAACAACCCAUCCAUGAAACCUGGGAACAAGUGGCUUGCAGUGUUGAAUCUGACUUUUGCUAUUGCAUCGAGAUAUACCUACCUGGUCUAUGGAGGCGGAUGGGGCAGCGACAAUUCCAAUCACAAUGCAUACUUUCUACGAGCCAAAGCUCUCAGCAUAGAUGAUCAGCUUUUGAAUACCCCUGAUCUACAAGGACUGCAGGUUGGAGGGCUAGCAUCUUUCUACCUUAUGGCUCUCGGUCAUAUUAAUCGGGCAUGGAUCUUCUGUGGUAACGCUGUGCGCCAAGCUUUGGCCCUUGGGCUACAUCUACGGAACGUGGGGAGUAGUGUCCCUGACAGCUCCAAGGAAGUAAGAUAUCGUCUUUGGUGGUCUCUGUACACGCUUGAGAGCCAUCUCUGCACUAUGACAGGACGACCUUCUUGCAUACCAGACUGCAUGCUCACAGCUCCUUUGCCUAUUCCAUACGAUGAGGUUGAUUUUCACAAAGACGAGGUAGUGCGUCUAAUGAGCCGUUCAACACAUAACCCCGACCAACCAGAAAAACCGAGAGAAACAUCCUCAAAGGAGGCCAUUGACGCCAAGCGGAAAUCUUUAAGCUAUAGCAGCCAUAGCCUUGUACCCCCAUGUGGUUCUUUAUAUUUCCUACAGAUUGCAAAGCUGGCAUUGAUUGCCAAAAAAGCAACGAGCAUGCUCUACGGCUCCGAAACGGCAGCCUUAUCUUGGUUAACCGUAAGGUUUGCCAUAGAUGAGUUAUCAGUUGAAGUGGAGGCUUGGGUUAUGAAGCUGCCCAAGCCUUACGAUUUUACGUCCGCAACUCCCUCCCCAAAUUAUGGGGCUGAGAGGAUGUGUCUCUCUAUUAUGUAUUACAGUACCAAGAGCAGGAUCGCAAAACCGUGUCUUCGGCAGUGGGACGCGUCUGAUGCAGACCGAAAUGAAAAAGAAAGAAUCGCCAUGGAUUGUGUCGAGUCCGCAUGCCAUGUAAUUCGGCUUCUGCCUGAGCCCCCUGAUACGGCAUCACUAUAUAUGGUCUCCCCAUGGUGGUGCAUACUACACUUCCUUAUGCAAGCCACCGUGAUCCUUCUUAUUGAAGCCAAUAUUAAGUUCGAGCAUGCUCCUCACAGGGGCCCAAUGAUCUCGAGAGCUAUAAAGAAGUCAAUGGAGUGGUUGUCUGUUUUGUCAAAAGCCAACACGAUCUCCGGGAAGGUCCGCAGCAUUUGCGACUAUUUCUUGCAGCGACUCGACUGGCCUAUUGAUAUUGAGAUCGCCAAACUAGCCUCUCCCAAUAAUCCCGGCUCUAAUUUCACGGCGGACAGCACUGUCGACCCGCCCGAGCGAGUAACCCCAUGGAGUUCGGCUACUCAGAUUAACCCUACUUAUAUGCCACCAAGACAACUUCCAAGCACCUCCAACACUGUGGCCUUCCCUCCCGCGGCGGAAACGACAACCACACAAGAUUGCAUGCAGAGUGAAGAGCCUGCUCCGCAUAAUUCGUAUACCGAUGAGGCAUUUUACUACGACCCGGGCAUCGGUCUGUUCGAGGAUCCGUCCCUUCCCAGUGACAUAGACAUGGACUCAAUCUGGGACUACUUGGGGGGGCACAAAGCUUAA